GUCCGCAGUCUCUGGUCAUCUCCUGUACUGUCCGCAGUCUCUGAUCAUCUCCUGUACUUGUCCGCAGUCUCUGGUCAUCUCCUGUACCGUGUCCGCAGUCUCUGGUCAUCUCCUGUACCGUGUCCGCAGUCUCUGGUCAUCUCCUGUACCGUGUCCGCAGUCUCUGGUCAUCUCCUGCACCGUGUCCGCAGUCUCUGGUCAUCUCCUGCACCGUGUCCGCAGUCUCUGGUCAUCUCCUGUACUGUGUCCGCAGUCUCUGGUCAUCUCCUGUAUUGUGUCCGCAGUCUCUGGUCAUCUCCUGCACUGUGUCCGCAGUCUCUGGUCAUC